CUUAUUCAUCCUUUUCCACUUGUCUUCUCUAACCCUCUAAAUUCUCUUUGGUCGGGAUCACUGGAAAGAAAUGUAUAAUCUCACUUUCUCUCCAUCAUUGUCCUCUUCUUUGCUCUCUUUUACACAACAAACUCCUGCAGCCAUAGUGUCCUCUUCUCCUCCGGAUUUAGUACUUCAACAAAAACUCCGGUUUGUCGUGGAAACCUCACCGGACCGAUGGGCUUAUGUCAUUUUUUGGCAAAAGAUGUUUGAUGAUCAAUCGGACCGGUCUUACUUGGUUUGGGUUGAUGGUCAUUUCUGUGGAAACAAGAACAACAAUUCCCAAGAAAAUUAUACAACAAACAGCAUCGAGUGUGAGCUGAUGAUGGACGGUGGAGAUGAUCUGGAGUUGUUCUAUGCCGCAUCGUUUUACGGUGAAGAUAGAUCGCCGAGAAAGGAAGUAUCCGAUGAAUCUUUGGUUUGGUUAACCGGUCCCGACGAGCUCCGGUUUAGCAACUACGAGAGGGCUAAAGAAGCCGGUUUUCACGGGGUACACACAUUGGUCUCCAUACCCAUCAACAAUGGCAUUAUCGAACUUGGUUCGUCUGAAUCAAUUAUACAAAACCGGAACUUUAUAAACCGAGUCAAGUCCAUAUUCGGGUCGGGUAAAACAACAAAACACACUAACCAAACCGGUUCUUACCCUAAACCGGCGGUAUCAGAUCAUUCGAAAAGCGGAAAUCAGCAAUUCGGGUCGGAAAGAAAACGGAGGAGGAAACUUGAGACGACAAGGGUAGCUGCGGCGACGAAAGAGAAACAUCAUCCGGCGGUUUUGUCCCACGUGGAAGCGGAGAAGCAACGGAGAGAGAAGCUAAACCACCGGUUUUACGCUCUACGUGCCAUCGUACCAAAAGUGUCACGAAUGGACAAAGCGUCACUUUUAUCCGACGCAGUUUCGUACAUAGAAAGUCUUAAAUCCAAAAUCGAUGAUCUCGAAACUGAGAUCAAGAAAAUGAAGAUGACGGAGACAGAUAAAUUAGACAACAGCAGCAGCAAUACGUCUCCGUCUUCCGUUGAGUACCAAGUUAACCAGAAACCUUCAAAAUCAAACAGAGGCUCUGACUUGGAAGUGCAAGUGAAGAUCGUCGGAGAAGAAGCCAUAAUUAGGGUUCAGACAGAGAAUGUGAACCAUCCUACGUCGGCAUUGAUGAGUGCGUUAAUGGAAAUGGAUUGUCGUGUACAACACGCGAACGCGUCGCGCUUGAGUCAGGUUAUGGUUCAAGAUGUUGUUGUUUUGGUUCCAGAAGGAUUAAGAUCGGAAGAUAGGCUUAGGACCACACUUGUCCGAACCCUAAGCCUAUAACAAUUUCUUUGUUUUGUGACGUCAACAUAGGAUGUGAUAAUAAUUUUUGUUUUUUUUUGCGACCUUUUGUUUUAUUUGAUAAGUACUAGAAAAAUCAAAUUCCUUCUAGCGAUUAAUGUUGUUUUAUCAAAAGUUUGAUCUCGUUGAUACGUAGUUUAUGUGUUACUUUUUUACUUUAUUUCUCGUACGUACGUACUAGCUCGCUAAAAGCGCAAAGUGUUUGGUAUAUUGUCUUACUAAAACAAUAUAGAGACUGUAUAUUUUAAAAGAAACAACUCAUUAAUUGAUCAUUUGGAA